AAAACUGUCAACUGUCAAAAACAUCUGGCUGAUUAAAAACUGUUUUACCAGCUAUUUUAUGUGGUUAUUUAAUUAUUAUUUCAAAAUAAAUAAAUAAAUGGAUUUUAUAUCUUACCAGAAAUAACUGUUCUUGAGAAAAAAAUAAUUGUUUAAAGUGUCGUUGCUAUAUAUUGAAAACAAACAUGACGGAUUAUAAGAAAUUGCCCGUGGAUCCAGAUUUACAAAAAUUCGCAGACGACAACGAUUAUGAUUCUCUUGCAAAAUAUUUGGUCGGUAACUACAGUCGUUUCCGUGAGAAUAUAAUAAUACCGAGAUUCCUAGGGCCUGUCAUAAUAAAAACUAAUGAAGAAAAAAUGAUUGAAGCUACAGUAGAAAGCUGUCCAUUUAAGUCCAUAACCAGUUGUAUAAUUGGCUAUGGUCUAGGAGCUGCAGUAGGCUUGUUCACUUCAUCGUUAAUGCCAAAUGUAACUGACACGACAGCACCACAAACACAAUCAGCCAGAGAAAUAUUAAGAGAAAUGAAGGGAUCUAUGUUAAGUUAUGCAAAGAACUUUGCUAUUUUGGGUGCUGUCUUUUCUGGAGUUGAGUGCUGUAUAGAAACAGCAAGAGGAAAGUCAGAUUGGAAAAAUGGAACCUAUGCAGGAGGUGUAACUGGUGGACUAAUUGGUUUGAGAGGUGGACUAAAAGCAGGUAUAUUUGGUGCAGCGGGAUUUGCAGCAUUUUCAACUGUAAUAGACUACUAUAUGCAUCAUCGAGGUUCUUAAAUCAUAAGUAAAAAUAAAUUUAAUAGACAUAGU